GGUGGGGGGGGUUAAGCAAUUUAAUGUUGCCUUGUUCACCAGCAUCAAUUUCUUUGCUCGAUUUUCUCUUUUGUAUUUAGUCACAACUUCAACUUAAAAAGUAUCGAAGUGGUUUCACAUAAAUCUCUAAUAAUCCUUUAGGCAUCCACAAAAGUUCGACAUGCGAGAGGUUACAGGAGAGGAGGGUUGCAGCCAAUUCGAGUCGAUUCUUGAGGACUCACCGUCAUGCAGCCAAGCAUCCUUUCUUACAGUAACAUCUACUGAGCAGUGAGCACGGACGCGGCGCCUCUUCAUCAUGAGAGAUUGCGGUUGUCGUGCCGACAUCUGUACCAUAACUUUGAUUGGCUUUCACUUUUAGUUCAAGUUGAAGUUUAACUUGGUAGUGUUGGCGUCGCUUUAUGGCCUGCGUUUUAGCAGAAGCACGAUUCGUAUGAAGAAGAAGUUUGUUCUUCCGUUGCUUGGUCUGGACCAACGAACAGUAAAAUGAAACGGUUCGUCUCUUCUUUUUCCUCUGUUUCUUAGCACAAAAGUUUGCUUUACCGCAUUCAGAUACUCGCAGUUGAUGUCCCCAUUUGGUCGUUUUCUACCCGCCAAAAGAGUUCUCAACCGUAUCUUGAACGACGCCGCCACGGUGAAGCGGCAAUGCUGCUGUGUCCACGCUCACCACCUGUUCGAGGAAACGUCCCAGAGAGACCUCUAUUCUCUGAAUUCCCGUCUCGCCUCGUAUUUUCGCAACGACGAUCCUCUCGCAGCGUGGGAUUUGUUUGUGGACAUUCACCGCAUGCGUUCCGACCUCACUGCCUAUACGUUUACGCCGGUCUUGGGGGCUUGUUCGGCUCUUCCAGACUCCAACCGCGGCCGGCAAGUCCAUGCUCUGAUGAUCAAAUUAGGCUUGGAUUCAGGGAUUAUAACCAAAACUGCCCUAGUUGACAUGUACUCCAAGUAUGGCCAAUUGGGUGACUCGGUUCGGGUCUUUGAUGAGAUUGGUUUCAAGGAUGUGGUUGCCUGGAACGCCAUGUUAUCUGCCUUUCUGCUGCAUGGCUUCCCUGUUAAGGCACUUGGAGUAUUCGAGGCAAUGAGGAAGGAAAGAGUGGAAUUCAGUGAGUUCACAUUGUGUUCCAUGCUUAAAGCUUGUACCUUUUUGAAUGCCUUUCAACAGGGUAAGCAAGUUCACGCUCUUGUGAUUGUAAUAGGCCGUGAUUUGGUUGUUUUGAGCACUGCUCUGAUUGACUUUUACUCAACUGUUGGUUAUGCGGAUGAAGCAAUUAAAGUCUAUAGAAAUUUGAAUUGCCAAGGAGAUGAUGUGAUUCGUAAUUCGUUGAUUUCUGGGUGUGUCCAAAAUCGCAAGUAUGAUGCAGCUAUGUCCAUCAUGAGUACCAUGAAACCGAACAUAAUUGCGCUUACUAGCAUCCUUGCGGCUUGCUCUGAGAACUCGGAUCUAUGGAUUGGGAGGCAGAUACAUGGGGUGGCCAUCCGGUGGGGCCUUGUCUCAGACACCCAGUUAUGCAAUGUAUUGCUGGACAUGUAUGCAAAAUGCGGGAAGAUUUCGAAUGCCCGUUUGCUUUUUGAUCAAAUCCCUUGUAAAGAUGUAAUUUCUUGGACAAGCAUGAUAGAUGCUCAUGGAAGCCAUGGGGAUGGAAAUGAAGCUCUCGAGCUGUUCAACAAAAUGGGGGAAGAGGGGAACAAUGUUUUGCCUAAUUCAUUGACGUUACUUGCUGUUUUAUCUGCGUGUGGGCAUUCGGGUUUUGUGGAGCAAGCCCGAGACUGUUUUGCCGUGUCCCAGGAUAAGUACGGUGUUAGCCCAGGUCCAGAGCAUUAUGCCUGUUUCAUCGAUAUAAUGGGCCGGACUGGACAAAUAGAAGAAGCAUGGUAUCUCUUCCAUAACAUGGUCAAGAAUAGUGUCAAGCCUACAUCAGCAGUGUGGGCAGCAUUACUGAAUGCUUGCCGACUAAACCGGGAUGUGGCAAGAGGCGAACUUGCUGCAAAGCAGCUCUUUGAGUUGGAACCUAAUAACCCUUCACAUUAUGUAGCAUUAUCAAAUCUGUAUGCAGCUAUUGGAAGGUGGGAUUCUGUUGAUAUGUUGAGAACCAUCAUGAAAGACAGGGGAAUUGCUAAGGAAGCGGGGAAUAGCUGGGUGACUCUGUCCAGCCCCAACAAAAAUCGCAACGGUCUAUUAAGUUCACUUUCCUUUUAGUCAAGUGGGUGGCCUACUAUCCCCAACCAAUGAUCAACAAACUAAUUCAUCUAGCUUGGGCAAUUGGUCAUCCGCCGCCACGUGAUCAGAAGGGAAGGCGAACAGCCAAAUGGUAGGUAGGUAGCGGCACGUAACAUCCCCAAGCACCAGACAGAUGGCGCCGAGUUGGAUCAUGGCAUGCAUGGGGCAAUUAUAAGUUUAUAACUGACGCUGGUGGUCUGACAAAUUAUCACAAACUUCGGUCCCAUGCUCUUUAACUCCAUAGUCCUCGCCCAUUUGUGCCUAUUCCUUAAAUUUUCCGAUGAUCACUAAAGAACCAAACGAGAGACAAAUUGUGGUCCAUGGCACAACCACGACCGUAGUACCGGAUUUCAUACGUUUCUAGAUGGGGGAUCGGCAGUCUUUGGCGGCCCUUCAUUAUUUAAUGCAACACGUGUACAUAAUUGAAACGUCUGAAUUCUCUCUCUGUUUAUUGUUUAGGAUAAUGCAACACGUGGUCUACCUAUUUCGUUGACAAUGCUGAAAUGUGGCAGACGGUCUGUUAAUCAAUCUGCCAAAGCACUCGCGUAGACUUUACACCCAAAGGGGAGAGGUGCAAGCGUUCAUAGGCCGUCGUCAAGCGUCAGAUAAAUAUUUAAUGAAU